CACGUAUGGCAUAAUUACUGACUGCAUGUAUCGCCCAUUUGCCAUUUUGCUGGUUUGUGCAGUCCAUAUAAUUGGACUUUAUUAUUGAAUUUCAGAACACUCAUCCAGGACUUCUGAAAUUGCAAAAUUUGUGGGCCGUCUGAGUAACGCCCCUCUCGUAUUAUAGCAAUAUCAUUAUCGGUUAGGAUACAGCCGAGCUACUCUGCAACAGAGCUCCACCAACAUGUCUAUUGGGGGCUAUAAUGUCGGAUCAAGUUUUCAGCGAAGGUUUGACAAGAUUUGCUCGGCAUCGAAUUGACCAAAAUCCAUGUUUACCACCCAAAAAAUUGACCAGAUCAACCGCUUGCAUUGCUCAAAAACAUAAAUGCGCGGAGAAACUGCGGCUCCGUAGCGAUCUGAUCUGCUCCCUCUCAUCGAGUUUGCGAAUUACAGCUCACGCUGUUCAUUUCACAAUAUGCGUAGUGGCAUCUCAAACAAACCCUGUAGCAAAGCUACAAUAAGUUCAAGAGCAGCAAUAUAGCUUCAGGCUACCGAAGCACCCGAU